AUGGAAGAUAUACCCGUCGAAAAGCGUCUGCUACCAGCAGCGAUCGACUAUCGUGCUGAACGUACUCCGGAACGAAUCUGGGGCUACCAUGCGAGAAGCGAUGUCGACGUCACCCAAGGCUUCGCCUCCGUCACAUACAAAGACCUAGCCAAAGCAGUUGAUGCCACAGCAUGGUGGCUAGACGAGACCCUGGGACCUGCAAAAGAAGGCUUCCCGACCAUCGCAUACAUUGGCCUUGAAGAUCUACGAUACGUAUUCCUGAUACACGCUUGCAUCAAGACGAAACGAAAGGUUCUGAUUCCAUUCCCGGCCAAUACUGAAGAAGGUCUCAUCAAGCUACUGGAAGCCGCCAAAUGUGAGAAAGUGCUUGCACCAAAAGAAGCCUCGCAUGCGUGGGACAAGGCUUUGAAGUUCAUGCCGAGCCUUAGCCUCGUUGAAAUGCCGCCCUUGGCAUCGUUCCUCCAUGACAAAGAAGUCCAACACUACCCCUUCACCAGAACGCUGCAGGAUGGCAUCGACGAUGAAGCACUCGUGAUUCAGACAUCUGGCACAACGGGCAACCCGCAACCCAUCCUCCAAUCUAACCGAACCUUUGAGACAACGCGAGAGAUGGUCGAAACGUCACGAAACUCCCCCGCGAACAUGCGAAUUGGCACAUUCCGCGACUUACAGGACCACCUGAGUCCCGUCUUCAUCCCCCUUUCAUGGGCGGCAGCCUUCGUCACAACCGCACUUUGGCCGCUCUACACGGGAAACGUCCCGAUCCUCUUGCCAGCCAAAUGGAAACAGCCUUGCACGCCCGAGCAAGUCUACGAAUCGCUGCCCUACCUUCCCAAAUCUAAAUCCAGCAGCGUCUUCUUCAUCCCCGAUCUCCUUCGAGAGUACAUCCGGAAACCCGAGCGUCUGGAGUCCCUAAAGCAGUUCGACGUGAUCAACUUCGGCGGAGCUGGACUCGACCGAGCGACUGGAGACACCGUCCGGGAGAAGACGGGCGCCCGUGUUCAAUCAGCUAUGGGGUCGACGGAUUCUGGAAUUUAUCCUUUGCUGUGGGAUGAGGAGCCCAAGGCGCCGUGGUGGAUGUAUCGGAUGCAUCCUGACUGUCAGGGGUUUCACUUUCAGCACUAUCUGGAUGAUUUGUAUGAGCUGUGUAUCACGAAGCAACCGAAUGAUAAUCGGCACUGUUUUCUUGUGGAUCCGGAGCGGACGGUUUUCCAUACGAAGGACUUGUUCAAGACGUAUCCUGAGUACAAAGACUACUGGUCCCACGCCGGUCGUGUCGACGACUACAUCAAACUCGACUCCAUGACCAAAAUAAACGUCACACAAGUCGAACAGACCCUAAACAGCCACCCAGACAUCACAGCCUCGCUAGUCGGCGGCCACGAGAAGCCUCGCGCAUUUGCCAUUGUGCAGUUGACUCCAGACUUCUAUCAGAAAGGGCUGUCGAGAGAACAGGUACUGGAGGAAAACUGGCCGAUCUUUGAGGAGGCCAAUAAGACGUUGUAUCAUGAUGCUCAUUUGACUAAGGAGAUGACGUUGAUUGCCAAGGCUGAGAGGCCGUUGAAGAGGACGGCGAAGAAUACGCUGGACAGACGGAGUACAAUUCGGAUGUAUGAGAGAGAGAUUGAUGGUUUGUACGCCGCGCUACGGAAGUGA